AUGGGAGAAUCAAGUGCUAGUGGAAUUGAAAUUUCUGCCAGUACAGAAAAUGCUCCUAAGCCACUACUCGGAAUGAAAUUUAAUACUUAUGAAGAAGCUUAUAACUAUUAUAACCAUUACGCAUUGUUGAUGGGUUUUGGAAUAAGGAAGAGCACGGUAAAUUACUCGAAGAAGACAAGAGACGUGCUGGAUAGAAAGUUUGUUUGUGAUAAGGAGGGAUAUAGAUCUAAUAGAGACAAGAUGGAGAUGCCUUUUCGGCGAGAGACCCGAGUGGGAUGUAAGGUAAUGAUGAGAGUUAAAGUAUUGGAGGACAAAUCGUGGGAGGUCACGGGGUUUGUUGAAGAACAUACAAAUCAUGUGUUGAGUAGUCCAAACAAAGCAAAGAUGCACAUAUCACACCAACAAUUCCAUAAAUCUCAAAGUUGUGAAAAACUUAUUGAGAGUCUGCAAGAAGAAGCGAAUGAUCCAGAAUUCUAUUUUGCAAUAGAAGUGGACAGUAGUGGACAAAUGAGGAGUGUUUUCUGGGCUGACGGAAGAUCAAGAGCGUCUUAUUUACAAUUUAGUAAUGUUGUUGUGUUUGAUGUGACAUACAGAACUAAUAAGUCCAGUCUUCCAUUUACUCCAUUUACUGGUGUGAAUCAUCAUAGACAGUCCACUUUACUUGGUUGUGCAUUAUUAGAUGAUGAACAAGAAGAUACCUUUGUGUGGUUAUUUCAAGAAUGGCUGAAAUGCAUGCAUGGGGUUGAACCAAUGAACAAGAAGAUACCUUUGUGUGGUGCUAUUAUAACAGAUCAGGAUAGAGCCAUGUGUAAUGCUAUUCACUCUGUGUUUCCAAUGACAAGACAUCGUUAUUGCUUUUGGCUCAUGCAAAAGCACAUUACUAAUCAUUUGCCUACUUUGGUUUCUCGUUAUGGUAACAGUUUCAAAGGUAUUGGGGCUUAUGGUGUAAUAGUUCUUCAAUUGAACAGUGUGAAGGAUAUUGGCUAG